CGCUGGGGUCAGAGUCCUACCUUCUCCUGAGCUCUGACGCUUUCCUCUCUGUGCUCCCUGCUGAUCCAUUCACCAGCAUGAAGGUCCUGGCGUUGCUGGUCCUGGUGGCAGUCUCCACCUUCCUGGUCUCAGGCCAGGAUACAACAAGUGCUCCAUCUGAUAGCUCUACUGCUGCCCCUGAUGCCACCACUGCAGCUCCUGCCAGCACUGCAGCUCCUGCCACCACUGCAGCUCCUGCCUCCACUGCAGCUCCUCCUGCCUCCACGACCACUGCUGCUCAAAGCACCACUCCAGCUGGCCUCUUGAACUGGUUGCGUCACGUAUUGGGGUUGAAAAAUUACUAAGAUGGAAUUAGUCCGAGGCAUCUGCAUUUGAUCCUGCAGGGCUCGGCCACUUAUGCCUUCAUUUGAUUUAAUCCAACGAUUCACCAUGUGUACCAAUGUCUCUUAUCCCUAAUCAGUUUAUCUGUUUAAAAUAAAAAGAACAACAUUGAGCAACAUCAAAA